UUGUCGUUUUUACUAAUUAAUGAGUGUGAAUGAUGUAAUUUGAGAGAAAAUUAUUUUUUUUCUCUCGUAUUCUAUUAUUUUAAAAUUUUAAAUAUUUCAAAAGUUCGCGCCCUUUCUGCACCCGCAUCUGUCAGAUUAGGUUGGGAUGUUUUGUUGACAUCGACACGCGAUUUUAGGUUAUGUUGAUGAUCAAUAAAACACGCAAGAAACAGUCUUUUUUACUUCUGGUCUAAAAACAAAAAAGUGAGUGUGAAAAAAUUUAUAAACAAUGGGUCUUUUAACGGAUCCACGUGCAGGGAAUAUGAAACUAAUGAAAUUUAUUCUCCGCUGGGAGAAAUCACUCUGUUUUCUAAUGUAUCUCGGCGGAAUUAUUUGGACAAUGCUACUGGCAACACCUACUUUCAGUGACAAUACAUAUUUCUCGGAAAAUGCCCUUCUACCCGGUUUGGUGACAAAAGAAAGUAAUCUAAUGUACGAUUCAAAAAUAUUCUACAAAGAAUUAAUGCGCGAAAUGGAGAAACAUCGUACCGAUUCAUUACCCGUCUCGUGGAUGGCCUCAAGAUUUCGUCAAUUGCACCUGGACACUUAUAUUCAUAAUUUUACCCUCAAUCAUCCAUUUCGUAAUCAAAAAUUCACAGGUAGAAAUGUUUACGGCAUUGUACGUGCACCAAGAAGUGUAAGUACAGAAUCAAUUGUCAUUAAUGUUCCCUAUCGUUCGUUGAGUAGUAUUCAUCCAACGACAGCGCCUUCAAUUGCUUUAUUAUUGGCAUUCGCGCAAUUUUGUCGUAAACAAAAAUAUUGGGCGAAGGAUAUUAUUUUUCUAGUAACCGAACACGAACAAUUGGGAAUUCAAGCUUGGCUCGACGCCUAUCAUGGAGUGACAAGUGGACAGAGUGGCGUUCUCCUUGCUGGCGAUCUUCCGGGAAAAGCAGGUUCCAUUCAAGCGGCUAUUGUUCUCGAAAUGCACGCAAUGAAAAUAACGUCAAUUGACGUGAAAGUCGAGGGUCUGAAUGGACAAUUGCCGAAUCUUGAUUUAUUCAAUUUGGCGCAGAAUAUGAUUCAUAAGGAGGAUAUUCGUAGAUCGGUGCAGAAACGAUUUGACUUCAAGUCGGAGAGUAAUUAUAAAAAGUGGUUGUAUCGAGGGAGGACAAUGGCGAUGAUGAUAAUGAGUCAAGCGACCGGGGUGCCGACCGGAAAUCAUGGUUUGUUUCAUCGUUUUGGAAUUGAGGCGAUAACAUUGGAGGGUUUUGAAAAGACGACAAAUGGACCGGAGGCAAAUUUCUCUAAAGUUGGUCGUGUUGUGGAGAGUAUCAUUCGAUCUUUGAAUAAUUUACUCGAACGUUUUCAUCAGUCGUACUUUUUUUAUCUUCUGCCCUCGACCGAUCGUUAUGUGUCUAUUGGAAUUUAUACACUGCCCUUGGUUUUGAUUAUCACGACACUUUUCAUCAAGGCCUUUUCCAUUUGGCUCCGACUACAGGAAUUGAAUCAAGAGAAGGAAAGUGACAAGACAAGCGAAGAAAGUGACAAGGAAAAUAAAAGUGACAAGGAAAGUAAAAAUGUCAAGGAAAAUAAAAGUGACAAGGAAAGUAAAAGUGUCAAGGAAAGUAAAAGUGAAAAGGAAAGUAAAAAUGUCAGGGAAAGUAAAAGUGACAAGGAAAGUAAAAAUGUUAGGGAAAGUAAAAGUGUCAAAGAAAUUAAAAGUGACAGGAAAAGUAAAGAAACUGAUAAAGUGACGAAAAAAGAAUUCGACAUUGGUUACGUGACUUCGGAACUAUUGUGGACUCAUCUCUUUGGUUUUCUGUUAAUGUCCUCGCCUAGAUUGUUAAUUUCGAUGGUGACUGAUUAUUUCAAAUGGCACACGGAGAGUGCGACUUAUUUCUCCCUAGCGAUAGUUUUAGUUUUUACGAUUCUAUUUCCAGUUUUACGGCCAAAGAGAAAAGAUAAUUUUAAGAAUACCUCGUUAAUUUGUAUUGUUACUUCGAUAGAAUUAGGAACGGCAUUGAUGUGUGUGGAAAUUCAUAAUUUUUCCCUAGCACUAUUGACAGCUGUCACUUUUGUUCCGUUCACUCUACUUAUUCCAAUGAAUUCGAAUUCCAAUUCGAAUUCUGAUUCUGAUUCUAAUUCUGAUUCUAAUUCAAAUUCUGAUUUCAAUUCAAAUUCUAGUGCAAUGAGGGGUUUUUAUAAAAUUCUCUAUAUUUUGUGGCCCCUUUUGCAUCCGUUUGCACUCGCUUCGUUUAUUGUCACUGGUUAUACGUACGCAAAUUUUAAAGAAGAGGCUAUUUUGACAAUUCUUUACCGAGGCUGGAAGGCGACGAAACAAGCUUUUGUACUCAGUAUAAUUGAUUCGACGAUUUAUGGAAAUUGGCUGUAUUCGUUUAUUGUUUCUAUUAUGCUUCCGAUUUGGUUACUCUACUGGAAUGUUAUUAAUUCUUCCUAGGCUUUUAAGGAAUUUUUUUUUAGAUUAAUUAUUACAUUUCUCGUCAUUUCUUUCUUUUUUUCUAUAUUUCUCUCUUUCUCGUCAGUAUUUUGUAAAAUAGGAUAUUGUUUGUAAAUAAAUAAUUUAAAUAAUUAUUUGUGUGUCUUAUUUCAAAUAGGAUUGGCCUCACAGGUCAGGGAAGUC